GGCGAUGUGCCCGCCGCGCCGCGUCACACACGCUUCCCCCUAUUAUUAACAAUGAGUGAGUCAAACCUUCAACCUAUAAAUAUUUUAUUGUACCUAGGUGUACAAAUACUAGCAUAUCAGCAGAAUCAGAAAGAAGUGGUGCAAGGUAAUGAAUAGGGACGAUAAAUCGCCGCUGUCGGAAAAAUCAACGUUGUUUUGCUGUGAAUCCCAUUUUGAUAUUAUCUGGUCUAGAGGAUGCAA